AUGUUGAUCAUGCCUGAUCUAGAAGGACGGAUGGAGGAGAUGCCAGAGGAUCUUUAUAAGGAGAUUGCCCGUGAGGUCGAUCGGAUGAUCGGCACUUAUUUGACUGCAUCAGAGGGUGAAACUACCUUUAGGAUGGCUAAGCGUAAGCUUUUGGAUGAUUACGAAGCAUUUGAAAGAGAAAGAGAGGCUGAAAGGAGAGUAAGAAGGAGGGUAGACGAUGCGGCGGCAGGAGAUGUGCCUGAGAUCACAGUUCAGUCUUCAUCUUCCACAGGUCAAUCGGAGGGAAGUCUGAUUCAUGAGGAAGAAACACAACAAGAUGACGAGCUAGAAAUGUAUAUGCUAGGCUACAAUCCGACAGCAUCACACUCAAGCCCUGUACGAGAGCGGCCCUCGCCCACAGCUCCCGAUAUCGAUCUCAACUUCUCGGACUUCAGGAUACCGUCAUCGGAACAGAGUAGGGGGAGUCGCGGAAGUCCAUCCAGUCUAGGCUUUUUGAACAAUUACUCCUCUUCGCCGCCUGCACGGCCGUCAAAUCCGACGCCUCGUCGGGGUCGUGGCGGUCCAUACAGUAGCGACGAUACACCUUCGCCACAGCGCCUGGGCCCCGUAGACCUUUCUAGUGAGGAUGUUCCAUCUGGCGAGGACGAACAGCCGAUCCUUCGUCCAUCGAAUCCUACACCUCGUCGUGCCCAAGGCUCUAUAGGUGUACAAGUCGACACGCCACGGCCGAAGACUGCGCGUGGGAAUAGAGCUGGCCUCAACCAAGGGAGCCAUGUCACACAUAUCUCUGCUGUCUUUCCAGAGGACCACUCGCCAGUGCAUGAAGCACCUCAGCCGCGCAUCACCGGCAGAGACAUCCGUGAGCGUCGCGAAAAGGAACGUGCUUCGAAUGCCGUAAAGACAGCUCGGAAGCCUCGCAACACUAUCCCGCUAGAACAGCCGCCCAGCGCAAUGGCUGUGAGAACGCGAGGUGAAGUUCCCGGGCACUGGCUUCCUUCCAUACGAGAAGGCCUAUCUCCGCACGUGAGCCCUGCGGAAGGCACAAAACAGUAUCGCGUUGCGGAAAGUCGCAAGCUUAACAAACUGCUUCAGGGCGAAAGGGCCGAACGCCGUAAUUUCCGGAAGUACAUACCGCCCAUUGGCGAGGAGCCGCAUGGACAUGAAGAAGAGCCACUCGCCGAGGCAGCGGAGGCGCGAAGACAAGAAGUGCUUCCUGAGUCCAGUCGAAGUGAGAUACCAUCCAGAUUCGCAUCGAUCGAUCCAGAAGUUGCACAAGACGAUGAUAUUGUACACGUCGAAGGCGCCACCGAAUCCUCCUCAUCGACAGGAGCUAUCAUGACGGCCUCGCCAGCAGUCCGCCACGACAACCCAUUACCUGCUGCUGCGGUUCAAUCCUCUUCGCCAAGAUCAAAGUCAUUACCUCAGCCAGCGACCAAAGGCCAAUCGCGAAGGUCGGCGGCUCCUAGCCCACCUGAGAGGCCUACGCCGAAGCUUGCGAAAACGUCAGCCGCGAAGGCGCUGGCUAAGACACCUGCGGAGACACCUGCGAAGCAAAAGGCUCCUCCAACAACCGGGACGCGGAAGAGCGGAAGAAUUGCAAAAUUGAAGGGUGAGAAGAAGUGA